AUGGGUCCAUCCAAGGCUGCAGCUGUGGAAUGCUCCAACGCCACUCACUCCACACAUACAACGACGACGACGACGACGACAGCAUCGCUACGCCAUCGCACAUCUUCCAACCCCCUCUCACUGCCCUCGGCGAUUCCACCUCGCACCUCUAGUAACGCCGGCUCAAGGGCAUCGCUUAUGAACGGACAGCAGCAGCAGCAGCAGCAGCAGCAGCGGAAGUCGCCGCCAGCGCCAACGCAGCCGCCAGCUGAAAUAGUCGGCUUCGUCCCCGUGACACCGGCCAUCUUCUCAUCCCGGGCAGGUGGCGGCAACCUCCCCGCAAGCCACCAUCGCCGGCCCUCGCCGCUCAGCGGCAGCGCCUCCUCGCCAUCCCUCAAGUCUCCCGCCCAGCACAGCACCGCCAGCACCGCCAGCACCACCUCCUCCCCCUCCGCCAUCAUGCAGCACCAGCUGUCGCCCAUCACGCCCGACGACCCGUCGCGCUAUGCCACCGAGGACCUGCACUUCACGCCGCAGCGCUCGUGGACCUCCGACAAGGAGCGCAUCGUGCGCGGGCCGUUCGACUACGCGCUCAGCCACCCGGGCAAGGACAUUCGCUCGCAGCUCAUCGCCGCCUUUGACGAGUGGCUGUGCGUGCCGCCCGCCAGCCUGGCCGUCAUCACGCGCGUCGUCGGCAUGCUGCACGAGGCGUCGCUGCUCGUCGACGACGUCCAGGACAGCUCCGAGCUGCGCCGCGGCUUCCCCGUUGCGCACCACAUCUUUGGCGUCGCGCAGACCAUCAACGCCGCCAACUACGUCUACUUUGCCGCGCUGCAGGAGCUGCUCGCGCUUGGAAACGGCAAGGCCCUGCUCGCCACGUUCGCGGAGGAGCUGGUCAACCUGCACCGCGGCCAGGGCAUGGACCUGUUUUGGCGCGACUCGCUGACGUGCCCGUCCGAGGACGACUACCUCGAGAUGGUCGGCAACAAGACGGGCGGCCUCUUCCGCCUCGGCAUCAAGCUCAUGCAGGCCGAGUCGCCGCUCGACCCGCCGCUCAACUGCGUGCCGCUGGCCAACCUGAUCGGGCUCAUCUUCCAGAUCCGCGACGACUACAUCAACCUCAAGUCGGACGAGUACUCGCAGCACAAGGGCAUGUGCGAGGACCUCACCGAGGGCAAGUUCUCCUUCCCCGUGAUACACAGCAUCCGUGCCCGCCCGGACGACCUCCAGCUCGUCAACAUCCUCCGCCAGAAGACGGCCGACGUACAGGUCAAGCGCUACGCCGUGGCGUACAUGGAGGGCACCGGCAGCUUCGAGUACACAAAGGGGGUGCUCGCGACGCUGAUUGAGCGCGCGAGGAAGCUGACGAUGGAGCUCGACGCCGGCCGCGGCAAGCAGGGCGGCAUCCUGGCCAUUCUGGACAAGAUGACUCUGGGGGACUCAACAGCGAAGACUUCGUAG